ACGUUGAAAUCAGACGACGUCUCGGGAAUUUUGGACGAGCUUGUGGAGGCGCAGAACCACUCCAAAGUGCUCGGGGUCAAGCUAUUGCCGCCACACGAGGUAGAGGCCAUUCACUGCCAACACCAGGAUCCCAAAGAGCGCCUGCUGCACAUUCUUCUUGCUUUCACGAGGCAAAUCCAGCCCAGACCGACAUGGAGGGUCAUUGUGGAAGCUCUCAGGAGUCCUUCAGUCAACCUACCAAGUUUAGCUGCGAGGGUGGAAGCAGCUCAUUUCCCUGACCUACACUCAACACAUGAUGCGGUACCUGAGACUACUACUGACACAACAGAUUUAGUAGCCAACACUACUGCUGGUGGUGAUGGGGUCAAAUCAAAGCCACCACCUCAACUG